UGUGUGUGUGUGUGUGUGUGUGUGAUUUGUCUCCAAGACCCCAAAAAUGUCACUGUCGUGGAGAAUGACAGCAUUACUUUGUGAAGAUAUAAUCGAAUGAAAACAAAUUGCUCUCAGUGUUUUGCCCAGGAGCAAAUUAUUUCUUUCACCCCGUUGCCAGGCAACCAUAGAAUCUUGAUUUCAUGUACAGGACGUUUGAAGCCAAAAAAAUGACCUCAAACUGCAUUGCACAAAGCGGGCAAAGUGCGGCUUUAAAGGGAAACCCCCUUCUUUAGCGCUUCUUUAAUUGAUUACUUGUUUCAUUUUAUAGUGCACAUUUAUUGCCUUGUGUUAUGCCUAACAAUAUCUGCUUCAAUCAGUAUGGAAAGUAGCAAGUGGGAGAGAAAGCUAGCGAGGGGGAGAGAGAGAGAGAGAGAGACAGAGAGCAGAGGACGAUAGAGGGUGGCUGAGACACCACCACAAAAGGAGAACUGGGGAAAAAGCAGAAGUGAUUUCAGCAUCCCGGCAAGUUUCACAUUCUAAUCGAGGGGGGGAAGAGAAAGUCUGUCGUCUAGCUGGAGGCGGAGAGGAGGAGGAAGAAGGGGGGGGGGGCGGUGGAUUAUGAGAAGCUGAGUGACAGGACCUUACAGCUGGAGGAUCUGCCGUGGACUGAAUAGCCCAAGAGCCCGGAGUGACUCUCUGCAGCCCCCCGGGGGCCUCGGAAGCUUCUACCCCCCCCCCCCCCCUCCUCCUCCUCUCUCUCUCUGUGUGUGUCAACCUGAAGCGUCCACUCGGACACUCACGGAGACGCACCUUCGGACGCGGACACCCCCAAAUUGCACAGCGAGGAUAUGGGGUCGGUGAGCGAGCUCUGCGUGUCCAGCCUCCAGACCUUCUUGUGUCCGGCCGUGAAGCCGCUCCAGCCGCCUCCAGUGCCGGACGACCUCACCCCGCAGGAGAGGCAGGAGCUGGAGAAUAUCCGCCGGCGCAAGCAGGAGCUGAUGGAGGACAUUCAGCGGCUUAAGGAUGAGAUAGCAGAAGUGACGAGUGAGAUCGAGAACUUGGGGUCCACCGAGGAGAGGAAAAACAUGCAGAGAAAUAAACAGGUGGCCAUGGGGCGGAAGAAAUUCAACAUGGACCCCAAAAAGGGCAUCCAGUUCCUGAUCGAGAACGACUUGCUGAAGAAUACCAGCGACGACAUCGCUCAGUUCCUCUACAAGGGCGAGGGCCUAAACAAAACCGCCAUCGGAGAUUACCUCGGAGAGAGAGAUGACUUCAAUAUUGAGGUCCUUCAUGCCUUCGUGGAGCUUCAUGAGUUCACAGACCUCAACCUGGUUCAGGCCUUAAGACAGUUCCUGUGGAGCUUUCGGCUACCGGGAGAAGCUCAGAAGAUCGACCGGAUGAUGGAGGCCUUCGCUCAGCGCUACUGCCGGUGCAACCCUGGCGUUUUCCAGUCCACAGACACUUGUUACAUCUUGUCAUUUGCCAUCAUCAUGCUAAACACCAGCCUGCACAACCCGAAUGUGAAGGACAAGCCUUCCGUGGAACGAUUCAUCUCCAUGAACAGGGGGAUCAACGAUGGAGGAGACUUACCGGAGGACCUGCUCAGGAAUCUUUAUGACAGCAUCAAGAAUGAGCCUUUCAAAAUCCCAGAGGAUGACGGCAACGACCUCACACACACUUUCUUCAACCCAGACAGGGAGGGCUGGCUGCUGAAACUGGGGGGACGAGUCAAAACCUGGAAGAGAAGGUGGUUCAUCCUCACGGACAACUGUCUUUACUACUUUGAGUACACCACAGACAAAGAGCCCAGAGGAAUCAUCCCCCUGGAGAACCUGAGCAUCAAGGAGGUGGAGGAUAAGAAGCCUAACUGCUUUGAGCUUUUCAUUCCUGACAACAAGGACCAGGUGAUCAAAGCGUGCAAGACCGAGGCGGACGGACGCGUUGUCGAGGGAAAACACAACUUCUACCGCAUCUCCGCGCCCACGGCCGAGGAGAAGGAGGAAUGGAUGAACAGCAUCAAAGCCGCCAUCAGCCGGGACCCCUUCUACGACAUGCUGGCAGCCAGGAAGAAGAAGGUGUCGUCCAUGAAGAGGCACUAGGAGCCGACCAGCUCCGCAGAGGUUGCCCUCGGCAGAGCUGGGUCCGGGGAUCCGCUCGCGCCGUCUGGGUCGGUCGGUUGGUUGGUGGAGGUCCGCCUCAGACCUUCCCCCGGGGAAUUUGGCCAGCAUACACACUAGGUGUGGCUUCAGGACUCUACAGGCCAGAUAAAUGGGAAGCAUGCAGGGGGGUUUCCAGAUACGCGCUGUGGCCAAAGUGUCUUCUUAACCUCUCUCUCUCUCUCUCUCUCUCUCUCUCUCUCUCUCUCUCUGUGCUUUGUGUGCUCUCCGUUUUGAGGUCGUCAGGAAGUCUUGCUGUGAUGCAAAAUCCUCUUUGAAGAUGCUUUAAAAACACAAAUCUCAAUGACAUUGUGCACAUACACAGCAUGCACGCUGUUCCCCAGUAGCACACGUCGUUUUAAACUCAGCAGGUCUGACCGAGUGUGGCACUCCAAUCCAAAUGAUCUUCCCUUUUCUGACGCGCUUUAAUAUGUUACGGUAACGCGUGUAUUUUUACAGCUUUAAAUGUUAAUUCCUCUUCAGUCUUUUUUGUUGCUUUGCUGUUGGAGAAAAGUCAUGGGAGGGAG